GUGAAAAAAGUGAUAGUUUUUUAAUGUGGGAAUUUCUAAACGGGUACAUUUCCGUAAUUUUUUACCCCGCUCUAGUCCCGUAAAAAGUCCCAAUUUCUUCCGUAUUAGCCUAUAGCCCAUCUAUACCCCAUUUCAUCGCAGUAAAUUCUUCCCAUUCCAUCACGGUUUCCCAUUUGAUCAAUAACCCAGUUAAAUGGGAAGUUGGGACAUUAGAAAAUUGGUACCUGUCCAUCCAAAUGAUCUCUUUGAUGAUGAAAAUAAAGAAAGGGAAUGUUGGGACAUUAGCCACUUGGUAUCUGGUCAUCUGGAGGAUUUGUUAGGUGAUGAAAAUAAAGAAGAGGAGAUACUUCAAAGGGAGCAAGAGAAAUGGUUUGCCUUGUGUAAAAUAACAUUGAAGCUUAUCUUGAUUUAUUACGAAGAAAUAGAUAUGGAACCUGUGAUGUUUCAUUCCCAGAGUAAAGCUAGCUGGGACGAUGAUGCCCAUAUUAAAUUUAUUGAGUUGUGUGAACAAGAGAUUAGAAAAGGAAAUAGACCAAGUACUCAUUUAUCUAAAGAUGGAUGGAAAAAUAUGGUUAAUAAGUUCAAUAAGAAGAUGGGAAGAAACUAUGAUAGGAAACAAAUGAAAAAUCAUUGGGAUAACAUGAAAGCCGAAUGGACUCUUUUUAAGCAGAUGAUAAGAGGGGAGACAGAUUUAGGUUGGGAUGCUAUGAAAAAUACAAUUAUAGCAGAUGAUAACUGGUGGAAGCGAAAAAUUAAGGAGAAUGCUCGAUAUAAAAAAUUUAGGAACAAAGAUCUUUCGUUGAUAUGGUGUCGUUAUGAUGCACUGUUUGCUGAUGUUAUUGCCACGCGAGAAAGAGCACGUGCAACAAAUCAAGAACAAACGUCUGGCAUUGGAUCAAACUUCGUUGAAGAAGGAAUAAAUGGUAAUGAUGAAAGGAGUGACGAAAGUGAUGAUCUGCAGAAUGUGGAUUCUGUUAUGUUUCCCGAGCCAUCACUAAAAAGACGAAAAUCAAUAGAUUGUGUCGACACUAGCAGUCAAGUAAAAAAUAGUAGGACAAGACUUGGUGUAGCAUCAAUAAAAGAGGCUAUACAUUCCCUAAUAGAGUUUAUGCGCAAUAGUACUGCUGCAUCUCCUGUAUCCGAUGAACCCACCAUCGGGAAGUGUAUUGACAUGUUGGAAAAUAUGCCUGAUUAUAUUCCUGCAGGGAGUGAUCUUUUUAACUAUACCGUGAACAUGUUUAUUAAGAAAGAAGUGCGGCAAGUAUUUCUUAGGCUGUCUACUAAUGAAGCUCGGAAGUCUUGGUUGGAGUUUAACUACCGGUUAUUCCUUAAGAAGUAUAGUAGAUAACGUGUCAUUGUAGUUAACAUUUUUAUUUUUUCAUGUUUGGACAUUAUGGUUGUAUGCUUAAACCUUAUUUAGUGUUUCUUGUUUAGAUGUUGUGGUUGUAUGGUUAAACCGUAUUUAUUGGGAUUAAAUUACACCAGAGCUAAUUUCAAAGGGCUGAUUGUUGUGGUUC